AUGUUGGGCUGCGUUAAAUAUUCCAAAACUCAUCAUAAAUGCCCUCAUAAGGGAAAGAAGAAGGCUGCGGUAAGAUCUUUGGAAGUCAACGCGGAAAGCCAAACUUCUGAAUUUGAGCCAGUUUGGGGAUAUGAAAUUGAUUCUGAUGAUGAGGUUUAUGAAUUAAUUUCGGAUUACUCUGAUGAUUCGGAUUCUUCAGAGGAUGACUCAAAAGAUAUAACUUUUGAGGAACAAUCUUCAAAUCUUCAACGCAUAGGUAUAUUCAUGCAGCGGACUAGAAGUCUAAAUGAGUAUCCUAGGAAUAGCGGUAUUGGCUUGGAAGAUGUACACGAAAAACCUGUUCGUGUAGCUUUGUCUCAAUCUCUAGAGGGAGAACUGGUGCUCUCGAAUGACGAGUGGCUACGGAAGGUUCGAAAUCUUGCCAAAUGGGCAAAUGGCAAAUAUAAUUAUGUACAACUUGGUGCUGUACAGAUUCGUAUGAAGGGACUAUUCCGUGGAGGAAUGAAUGUACCUGUUCAGGUCGCCUUACUGGAUAGACGAUGGCUUACGUUUGGUAAAGCUCUCGUUGGCGGUUUUCACGCUAACUUAGCUAUGGGAGAUGCCUAUAGGACUGUUAAACCAAGAUAUAUGGUUAGUCUCCAGGAUCCAAACCUCAAACGGAUUAUGGUUCUUCGAAUUCAUACUUCAGGGCUAGAAGACUUGAUGGCUUCUAGUGAUGGAAUAGCAAUUCAGUAUAGGUUAAUUUAUCGGUUGAUAAAUUCUGUAAAACCUAUACGUAUGAACUCCAGUGCAAAUACUGAGGUUCAUGGCCCGGGAAAGGAUUCUGUAAUUCUUAUUCGACCUAUGGAACUUGAUAAUGAAGUUGAGGUUACUCUUCCUACGCCUAGAAACUCGGGGUCUCUAGAGCGGAAUAAAGAGGUUCAGCCCUUCAUAUCAAGGAAAAAUAUACUGGAAACAGAUGACACUGCUAGUGAUGCUGGAAGUAGUAAUAGCAGGAAAAUUGUUGGGUAUAAAUCUGUUCAAAUCCUAAUAUAUGAAGAAUAA